AUGUCUGCAGAGUCUUCGGAAUCCUGGAACAAGGCCUCCGAGAGCUAUGCGCCCUUUGAAGCGUAUACGGGCCAAUUCACCCGGGCAGCAGCCACGGCGCUCCCGGGCCUGCUGCCCGAAAUUUCCGGGAAGCUCCAGAUCAUGGACGUGGCUGCCGGGACGGGUGCAUCCACCUUUGCCUUGUGCAAGGCACUCAGCGACCAUUGCAAGGAACGGGGGUCGACAGCGGAAGUUUUGGCGACUGACUUCAGCGAAGCCAUGUUGAAGCAAUUGGCAGAGAAGCUCAGAUCGUCCAGUGCGGACCCGGAGGUGAAGGCCACGCAGGCGGCAGAAGAGGCAGGUUUGCUAAAGGUCACUUCCCAAGUCGCAGAUGCACAGGACCUGUCUGCUUUUGCUGAGGGAGCUUUCGAUGCGAUCACGUGCUCGUUUGGGAUAAUGUUUCCGCCAUCUCCGGACAAAGUCGUUCGAGAGUUCUGGCGAUUGCUGAAGCCCGGUGGAGUCGCUAUCGUUACGACUUGGCACUACAACAACAUACCAGAAUCGAUCUUGUCUGACUUGGCACAUGUCUUCAAAUGCCACGGUCGCUAUGAGGAAGUGCCACUGGCGGUAGCUUUGCAGAAGUUCUCAAGCGAGGGCUUCAUGCGGCGCCUGUUUCGUGGAGAGUUAGGGGACGGACCCCUUUGGAAGAACCGUGACCUCGAAGCUAGAUUCUUUUCCGGUUCUUCUACAUGCUUGCCAAAGCAUCUGGCUGCUGGCCUGAACAAGAAUCCUCUCACCAGCGACUUGGGCCACUGGGACGAAGAGGCGGCUGAGAAGUAUAUGUCGGAUAACUGGACAGAAGCAAACGGACAAAUCACACUGCAAGGAACAGCGCUGGUCCUUAUUGCAAGAAAGCCAAAAGCAGCGACCCCUUGA